AUGGGCCUCGUGGCUCGGCAGGGAGCUUGGCCUGUACGACUGCCCCCACUCCGGACCGACCCCGUCACCUACUACACCGCCCUGCACAUCGCUGUGCUGCGAAACCAGCCCGACAUGGUGGAGCUGCUGGUGCGCCAUGGGGCCGACAUUAACCGGAGGGACCGGAUCCACGAGAGCAGCCCCUUGGACCUGGCCAGCGAGGAGCCGGAGCGCCUGCCCUGCCUGCAGCGCCUCCUGGACCUCGGGGCAGACGUCAACGCGGCCGACAAGCACGGGAAGACCGCGCUGCUGCACGCAUUGGCCAGCAGUGACGGGGUGCAGAUCUACAACACCGAGAACAUCCGGCUCUUGCUGGAAGGAGGGGCAGACGUCAAGGCCACCACCAAAGACGGGGACACCGUGUUCACCUGCAUCAUCUUCCUGCUCGGGGAGACGGUGGGAGGGGACAAGGACGAGGCCCAGAUGAUCAGCCGCUUCUGCUUCCAAGUCACGAAGCUGCUGCUGGCCCACGGGGCCGACCCCAGCGAGUGCCCGGCCCACGAGUCCCUCACCCACAUCUGCCUUAAGAGCUUCAAACUGCAUUUCCCUCUCCUGCGCUUCCUGCUGGAGUCCGGAGCAGCCUAUAACUGUUCCCUCCACGGUGCGUCCUGCUGGUCUGGCUUCCACAUCAUCUUCGAGAGGCUCUGUUCGCACCCGGGCUGCGCGGAAGACGAGAGCCACGUGGACCUCCUGCGCAAAGCCGAGACCGUCCUGGAUCUCAUGGUGACUAAUUCCCAGAAACUCCAGCUGCCCGAAAACUUCGAUAUCCACCCCGUGGGCAGCCUGGCAGAGAAGAUCCAGGCCCUUCACUUCUCCUUGAGGCAGCUGGAGAGCUACCCCCCGUCCCUCAAGCACCUGUGUCGCGUUUACAUCCGCCUCUACCUUCAGCCCUGGCCUGUGGAUGUGAAGGUCAAAGCCCUGCCUCUGCCCGACAGGCUGAAGUGGUACCUCCUUAGUGAGCACAGCGGUACCACGGAGGAGGACAUCUGA